AUGGCUGUCGACAAUGAGCCAACAUUUGCUGGCUCAUUAUCAAGUGAUGGUGGUGAGCAGUGCUUGGCAGAGUGGGAUGGUUUCGACUGGGAACGAAGCUUCAUCUCUUUAUACUGCUACACCAGCAAGGCCAUGAAGAGUUGCAUAUAUUACUUUGUGAUGCAAAUGCAACAGCAGGCAGACAAUGUAGAUGUGGGAUCUCAAAAUAAUAAGGAUAAUUUGAAGGCUUCCAAUUUCCCAAUCACCACCUUCACUGUAGGAAACUGGAAGAGGGAUUCUAACCUCGAAGGCGAAUUGACUGCCAAAUUCUACUAUGGCAUGAAGAAGUUGGUGUGGGAGUUUCUCCUCAAUGGGCCUUUGAAGACCAAAAUGGAAGUUUGUUGGUCUGAUAUCACUGCUAUUGAGGCUGUUAUAAACCCUAAUCAACCCGGAUUUCUUCGAAUUGAGUUGGCUAAGCCUCCUCUCUUCUUCCGAGAAAUCCCUCCUCAACCGCGAAAGCGUACUACUUGGGAGCCGGCUGAUGAUUUCACUAAUGGCCAAGCCCAACUUUGCCGGAAGCAUGAAGCUACCUUCCCACCUGGAGCGCUUGAUAAGCACUACGAGAAGCUUCCGAUAAGCGAUGGGCGUCUGGCUGAGCUCAGUCGCAGGCCCUUCCCGACCUUUUUUCCCUUGCAACAGACCCCACAACAGCAGCUCUCCACAAAUGAAGCUUCAUCUGUUUCUCCUGAUCCGCCAUCAAAGCCAUGA